GCCCAGCGGUUGCCGAGUGUUUUAUUGAAGAGUUCUUUUUUUUUUUUUUUUUUUUUUUUGGUACACCCGCCUCCCCGUGAUACCGCGAAGCCGGCAGAGGCAAGGAAAAUAGGUUGAAGACAGAGGAAUAGGAGAAGACGGAGGAGAUGGGAUAUCCAUAACUUUGAGUUCUGCUUUAUGAAAGAGGGAAGGGGCCUAACGACUCUACUGAAAGGGUGUUGGUUCUGCUUGAGGCUGCUGUCCUACUUUGUCAAUACUUUUCUAGUCUUAGCGGGUGAUGUCACAGCAUCUUUGACAUUCAGACCCCAGUAAUCCACUAGUUAACAGGCAGGAGCAUUUGAAAACAAUCAUGGAUGACUAUGAUAUCAGGUCUGCUGCCAGCAUUUUAGCAUCUGUUAAGGAGCAAGAAGCUCGUUUCGAGCGGCUUACCCGGGCACUUGAGGAAGAGCGGCGCAAUGUCUCCUUGCAACUUGAGCGUGCCAAUCAGCCAGCAGACCGAAUGAGCAUUUGCAACAUUGGCAAUGGUCAGCCACUGGCAACCGCCUGGCAGCAGCUUGUCCUGCAGAUGAAGGACCUAGCUUGUACUUCUGACUCCUAUGUGCAUGAACAAAGCCCCAGCAACCAGACAUCAAUUACAAUGAUGCAAGAACCUCAGGAAAUGGUGGAAGAAACAGUUACUGUGGAGGAAGACCCAGGCACUCCGACUUCCCAUGUGUCAAUUGUCACUUCUGAAGAUGGAACUACAAGGAGAACUGAAACCAAGGUUACCAAAAUGGUCAAAACAGUCACCACCAGAACAGUACGUCAGGUCCCGCUUGGACCCGAUGGCCUGCCGUCAAUGGAUGGCUCGUCUCCCAUGGGCAGCUACACAGAUUCAAUCGACAGAAGGUACAUGAAGAACGGGGAGCGGUACAUCACGCCACAAGCAUCGUCCACGUUAACCAGAUCUUACAACAGCUACAACGAUUCUUACCCUGACAGCCACGAAGGCCAGUAUCGCCCUUAUAUCACUCACGAUGGCUAUGGAGAUCUAUCAGACAACUACGGCAGCUUGUCCCGUGGUGUCAACUACCGUCCUCGUUACGCCUACGUGCCGGGAAACAGUUACCGGCCAGACGAUGGUAGCUUCACUUUGCCAAGCAGAAGGGAUAACUACGGACCGGUUGCCCAGCCUCAGGUGCCAGUGGGCAGCAACGUUGACUUGAACCGCUCUCAGCCAGAACGCUUCCAGCCGGAACCCUAUGGACUGGAGGAUGAUAACCGCAGCCUUGGAGUAGAUGAUGAAGGAUAUGAACUGGAUCCUGAUUAUUCUACUGUGAACCGAAGGACAUCUGCAGGAGUGUCAGAGAGAGGAAGACCUCAUAAAGGAAGGGGCUACGAUGACCCCAUCGAGACAGAGAUGGUUGAAGAAAGGAUCCCUUACCUUCAUGGUGGCUACGCAGCACCGCUGGCACAGCCAGAGAGAGGAAGCAUGGCUAGUAUUGACCGCCUGGGGAAGCGCUCACCCUCUAUUGACAGCAUUCGUAAAGACCCCAGGUGGAGGGACCCUGACCUCCCUGAAGUCAUCGCCAUGCUCAGCCACCCUAUUGAUCCAGUCAAGUCUAACGCCGCGGCUUACUUGCAGCACCUGUGCUAUGAGAAUGACAAAAUCAAAAAGGACGUGAGGCACCUUAAAGGGAUACCCAUCUUGGUGGGCCUACUCGACCAUCCGAAGCCAGAGGUCCAUCGUAAGGCCUGUGGGGCUCUCAGAAACAUCUCCUACGGGAAGGAUAAUGAAAACAAGGUGGCUAUAAAGAACUGUGAUGGCAUCCCCGCUUUGAUCAGACUUUUGCGAAAAACAAAUGACAUGGAAGUCAGAGAGCUGAUUACAGGCACCCUAUGGAACUUGUCUUCCUACGAGCCCCUGAAGAUGGUCAUCAUCAACCACGGCCUGCAGACGCUCACCAACGAGGUGAUUAUACCCCACUCGGGCUGGGAGAGUGAGCCGAACGAGGACUCGAAGCCUCGCGAUGCUGAGUGGACGACUGUCUUCAAGAACACUUCUGGUUGUUUACGGAACGUAAGUUCAGAUGGAGCAGAAGCACGCAGAAGACUAAGAGAGUGUGACGGCUUGGUGGAUGCCCUCCUUCAUGCCCUACAAUCUGCAGUUGGCAAGAAGGAUACGGACAAUAAGUCCGUGGAGAACUGCGUGUGCAUCAUGCGGAAUCUUUCCUAUCACGUCCACAAAGAAGUCCCCGGAGCUGAUAAGUAUCAAGAACUAGAUGCCAGUCAGACUACGAGCACAGGCGGCUCUCAGAAAAAGAAGAAAGAUGAUGCUGGUUGUUUUGGUGGAAAAAAAGCUAAAGAGGAAUGGUUCAAUCAAGGAAAGAAGAAUGGAGAUUUGGACAGGAAUUUUGAUACACUUGAUUUGCCUAAGCGGUCUGAAACAGCAAAAGGCUUUGAAUUACUGUACCAGCCAGAUGUGGUCCGCCUGUACCUCUCCAUCCUCACCGAAAGUCAGAACUUCAACACUCUGGAAGCUGCAGCGGGGGCUUUGCAGAACCUCAGUGCUGGCAACUGGAUGUGGUCCACGUACAUCCGUGCAACAGUGCGGAAGGAGAGAGGCUUACCAGUGCUUGUGGAGCUGCUCCAGUCUGACUCCGACAAGGUUGUAAGGGCUGUGUCAAUUGCUCUGAGAAAUCUUUCUAUGGAUCGCCGCAAUAAAGAUCUUAUAGGUAGUUAUGCCAUGGGUGAGCUGGUAAGAAAUUUGCCCAGCAGGCAGCAGAGAUCCGCAAAGAACCUGGAAGAGGAUACAGUGGUUGCGGUGUUGAAUACGAUCCAUGAAAUCAUUACUGACAGCUCAGAAAAUGCAAGGUCUCUGAUCCAGACACAGGGCAUUCAGAAGCUGGUAGCUAUCAGCAAGUCAAGCCAGUCUCCUAGAGAAACAAAAGCAGCAUCUCACGUUCUUCAGAUGAUCUGGAGUUACAAAGAACUACGAAAUGCCUUGCAAAAGGAUGGUUGGAACAAAUCACACUUCCAGUCUGUUUCUGCAACUCCGAAGGGUUCCAAGGGUACUGCUGGCAGGUCUGCCUAUGACGACAGCACUUUGCCUCUGGUGGAUAAAAGUCAAGAUAACGAGAAGGCUGGGAGUCGUGAUAUGAUACCUAUGGAUGAACUUGGCCCAGAUGGGUACUCCACCAUUGAUCACCGGGACAAGGAGCGCAAGUACAAGACCAGCGAUAACACAGGAGAUGCCUCAGAGAAAGAACCUUUAAAAACUCAUUAUAAGGACUAGCCUGAGACUUAAGGAAAACUGUAUCCUUGACUGUUCAUGGAUGUCCCCCGAGGUUCCCAUGAAUUACACAGCCCUGCCCGCCUGCUGGAAAGCUGCUGCCUGUACAGUUACUUUGCAAGGCGAGAUGAAUUUGGUUACACAAGAACCAUUUAGCCACAACUCCCACUUCCCAAUUCUUUUUUGUUGUUGUUAUUUAAAAAAAAAAAAAAAAAGGGCACCUUUUUGUCACUUUCUAGCCCUCUGCCUUUGCCAUGUGCCCAGUUCCUCAGUAAUGUCACUAGCCCUUCUUUACUCCUGCUGCUGCUCAUCUGUCUCCCCCCAUCUUACUAGGCAGCCCUCUGCCCUGGUUGUAUCUUCCAUCACUCUGUCAGUGGAGAUGCGAUGUUCCAUUUGGAGCAGCAGGUUUUGUGCCCCUGGCUAUGACUAAAGGAAUACCAAAGUGACAGUUGUGAAGGCGCUGGGCAACUUUCCCAACAGAGUAUACAAACAGGCCUUUAAGGCCUACAUUCCAAAAUGUGAAGCAUCAUCCACCCCCACAAUUGUACGUGGAAAUGACUCGCGUUAGUGCAAGUACGUUCUGGAGCUUUGCUUCUGGGGUUCCACCCCUUCUUCUUUUAAGAGUCUAGUAAAAGUGCUGUGUGUUUGCAUCUUGUUUCUGUUCCUGGGUUGGAAGCACCUAGCCAAAGCAGUCUUGCAACACCACCAGGUACCCUUGUGUAGCUAGGAGCAGACCCAGCACUGCUGGCUUCCCGCAGCUGGUCAGUGCUGUGUGCUCAGCCUUGUGGGCCCAGCCAAAUCUAUGUGUGUAUAGUGCCUGUGCAAUUCUACUCCUGUGUUCUUCCUCUUAGCAGUGAAGGUGUAUGGGUGGAACUUUGACAAACAAAGUCUGUGCUCGUUUUCUCCCAGUCAUACCCUUCAACAAACCCAUAUAUUGGGGAUAGAUUGGCAUUUCCAGCCAUUGUUCUACCACUGGGUGAUGGAGAUCACCAAUGUCAUGUUACUUGUUGGUAUUAAUCAGUUCUGACUUUAUUUUGCAGGGCUAGAGUCCAACCACAUUUUUUUUUAAUUGAGGGGGAGGAAAAAAAAACACUGAAUUGACACAGAGGAUUUCAUCAGUCACCACUGCCAUUCAGAUCUGGAGGGCGCUGCAUCACUGACAAGGCCGCAGAUUCUAGGAGGAUGCGGGGAGAAAACACAACUGACUGCCAUUGCCAACCCCAGAGCACCAUGCCUUACAGCGAGAUGAAUUUGCUUUUUAAAUCAGUUCUAUUCCCACCAGACAUAGCCGCCUCCCCCCUCCCUCCCGCUCCUGCAAGAAGAAAGCAUGCAAGAAGAGAGAAUCCAAGCUUCCAUCUAGCUGCCUGCACUCUUAGGUGACUCUUAUGUGUGGAUGGUGUCGAGUAUGAGAAAUGAAGGUCAUGCAGCAGCAGAGGACAGCUUCACAAGCGAAAGAGAAACUGCAGAAUAUUUGAAAUAAUAUCAUAGGUGUAGUCAUGAAGAUAAUAGCACUUUUCUGCUUUGGGUCUCAUUGUUUUGUUUUAUUUUUGUUUUGGGGGAUUUAUUUGAACUGUGAAUCUAACAUUUUUUAAGAGUUUUUGAAAAAUGUUGAGGUUUUCUUCAUUAUUUCCACAGGAAGUGCAGGAAUGUUGAGUUGGAUUUAUUGAAUUUCAAUGAAGAGAGAAAAUACAGAACAAAAACUAUUAAAUGCUGGUCAAAGGAACUGGAGAGUAGAUAAAAUUGAUGCAAGCUGUAUAAUCUGCUUUUAGAGUAAGCUAUAUCAAUCACAGUGCUAUAUUAUCGUUAUAAUCUGGUGUACAAUACUUCUGCCUUUUGAAUUCUGUAAUGGCUCUGUUUUUAUUUCCACAUACGGAAAACAGUUCAUUGAAGGUUUCAGCGUCCCCGGUUCAGAAAUCUAUGCUGAGAAGUGGAGUUGGCUGACUUUUUAUUUUCUUGUUCUCAAAGGUUGCAGUAAGGAGCUUAUACAUUUUAAAUGUUGCAUUGAUAACAAUUAACAAUUUCUUUUGCCAUAGCUCUUAACACAUUGGAAGAAGUAGGAGCUUCUUUGCGGGGUUAUUUUGAGCAUGCUAUAAGUUUUAGAUGGGUCUGUCACUUACAUUUGGUAGUAAAUUUAUCACUGUUGGAUCCAUGUUUGCUUUGGGCUGUGGAUCCUGAUGAAAAAUGCCACAAAGGGAACUGGUUUGGCGUUUAAGUCAUCAUGAUUUCUGUGUUCCUUUGGUUUUGUUUUGAGAUUACAUAUUUUAGUUGGUAUGAAAAUCAUCAUGUGCAAAAGUUCUCCUCUUAGAUGCCAUGGCAUGCUCUGGACAGGGAGGAAUUUUUACCUCAUGAGAACAUACGCUGCAUGUACCAUAUCUGGUAAUACAACGAACUAGGUGACUUCAGAUCACUGAUUUUUCUCCAGGCAUUGGUCAAGGGAGGGCAGCAAAAGAGAGUAAGAACCAAGUGUCUCACUAGUAGCAUCAGAGGACUUUUGCUGGUUUUGAUUGGUUGCCGCUGUUCUUGUAUGCCACACUUAAUUCUAAACAAGCUCCUAAAAAUGGUGCAACUGGAAAGCACAUUUUUGAACCUAGCAAACAUCAUUUGGGGUUUUCAGUGCCUGCUGUUUCCUUUGUAAUUAAAAAGGAGAAAUAUUCAACAACCGUGCGUCACCCAAAAUAUUACUGUAAUAAUUAAUGUCUGAAGCUUUUGUAAAAAAAAAAAAAAAAAAAGGGAAAAAAAAAGCAAGUACCAAGAGCUUUGUAUCUUCUUGAGUAUAUUAAA